UUGGUUUGCGACCUUAGGUCUCACUUUCCGGCCAGUACAGAGGUGCCUGAAGGCUGGUUGGGGUGGUGAGGCCCGAGGAAUAGCUUCUGGAUUUCUGAGCAGCAUUGUUCAAGCAAGAUGGACCCUGUAGUCUUGAGUUAUAUGGACAGUCUACUGCGGCAGUCAGAUGUCUCACUAUUAGAUCCUCCAAGCUGGCUUAAUGACCAUAUUAUUGGGUUUGCCUUUGAGUACUUUGCCAAUAGUCAGUUUCAUGACUUCUCAGACCACAUCUGCUUCAUCAGUCCAGAAGUCACCCAAUUCAUCAAGUGUACCAACAAUCCUGCAGAGAUUGCCAUGUUCCUUGAACCCCUGGAUCUUCCCCACAAGAGAGCUGUAUUUUUAGCCAUCAAUGAUAAUUCCAACCAGGCAGCUGGGGGUACCCAUUGGAGUUUGUUGGUUUAUCUCCAAAAUGAAAAUAGCUUCUUUCAUUAUGAUUCCCACAGCAGAAGCAACUCAAUCCAUGCAAAGCAGGUAGCAGAGAAACUGGAGGCUUUCUUAGGGAGCAAAGGAGACAAACUGGUCUUUGUGGAAGAGAAAGCCCCAGCUCAACAAAACAGCUAUGACUGUGGGAUGUACGUGAUCUGUAACACUGAGGCCUUGUGUCAGAACUUCUUUAGGGGACGGCCAGAAUCGCUGCUGCAGCUACUCACCCCCACAUACAUCACAAAGAAGAGGAGAGAAUGGAAAGACCUAAUUGCCAGACUUGCUGAAAAGAAGAAAUAACUCCUAAAGAAUACUCUUGACUUUUGAAGUCUCCUCUUUAUUGGACAGUUACAGUCUCAGUGCCUGAGGGAAAACGACUGGUAGAUGAUAGUUUACCAUUCCUACUUUUUUUUUUUGAAAGAAUGUCAUCCUCUGCAUUAUCCUAAUAGAAAGCUUCACUUUAACCCUACCAAGAGCAGUAGGUUCUGUGAAAUUGUCUUGAAGUUAUGCACCAAAACCUUAGAACAAACAACAUUCAUUAAACAGUUUCAAGAAAGA